GGAGACGCCUGUUCCUGUGUGACUCCAAGGUGUUUGAAAGCCUCUGAACAUGAACGUUACCUGUGUUUUGGCAAUCCUCGGUCUGCUCCUUGCGGCUGCCAGUGCCCAGAAAUCCAAACCAUGUGAGUCUCCACCCCUGAUGAGUGGAGGUGUCACUGUGAUGGGUUUCAGUGGUUCUGUCAUGUCUUCAGGAACGAUCACAUAUGAUGCUUUUGGUCAGAAGAUUCGGGUUAGAAACUUUGGCAUGGCUGGAAAUACAACCUUUGCUGUGGACCAACUGAUGCUGUUCCAAAAGAAAGUCUAUUAUGAGAUCGACUGGAGCAAACUGUCUUGCAAGAAGAGACACCUGAGCACAGAUUUCAUUCCCAUGCAAGUGCCCGAUGAUGCCAACUGGAUGGGUCAGGCCAUUUUGGGCUCCUCCUCCUCGUGGGGAAUGGGUGUGCUGGUCAACAACUGGUAUGGAGACCUGCCCGGCAAUGGCACCUAUAUGAGUGUCUUCACGGAGACUGGCUGCAUCCCCAUGACCUUCACAGGCUACACACCAUCAAAUGGAUGGACCUUUGUCAGCACUUACAACUGGGUACUUGGGAUCACCAAUCCCAUGGACCUCUACCCGCCUCUCUUCUGUGCAAAGGCUCAGCUGGAGGAUUCUGAAACACCUCACAACAUGUUUACUGCCUUGGAGUCUCUAGCCAGGAGCACCAAGGACAUGAAGUAAAACAUCAGGUGUUGGCCCUCAUUCAAAAGUGGAACAACUCAUGCAUUCCCUUAAAUGCAAUUAAAUUCUGACAUCACA